AUGGCUGAGACACCAGAACAGAUUGAGGCGAGGAUUCGAGCUGAAUUUGAAGGGCGAUAUGAUGCAGAUUAUGAAGCCCGGAGAAUUCAGCGAGACAGAGAGUUAGAAGAACAGAAUGCCAGGAGAUCCAUUAGAGAGAUAACUACCCCUGCCAUAAGCUUUGAAUUUGAGGGAAGUAUUGUUCCACCUACUGAUGUUCCAGAAAAUUUCCAAGUGCCAACUCACUUCAUGCACCUAGUGAGCCAACACCAAUUUGGAGGGAGUAUACUCGAAGAUUCAUAUGCUCAUAUGGCUACAUUCACAGAGCAAUGCACCCCAUUGAAGAAACAGGGAAUCACUCUAGACACAGUAAGGUUGAUGUUGUUUCCCUUUUCCUUAAGGGAUUCUGCUGCAACUUGGUUGAGGUAUCAACCUCCACACAGUAUUGUAUCAUGGGAUGACCUAGCCAAGAAAUUUACGUCAAAGUUUUUUCCAGCAACCCGCACGAGGAAGUUAAAGCAAGAGAUCAACUCCUUUCUUCAGAUGGAUCAAGAGAACUUAUAUGAGGCAUGGGAACGGUUCAAUGAGCUUCUAAGGAAAUGCCCAAGCCAUAAUAUUUCUCUUACUGAUCAGGUAGUAAUUUUUUAUACUGCAUUGAAUGACUAUACCAGAGACAAAUUAGAUACUACAGCUCCAGGUGGAGCUUUUGAUGUGUUGCCCACUAGUGAAGCCUUAGAGAUAAUUAAUAAUCUGGCAGCCAGAGCUAUGCAUUCCAACAACGACAGGCAGAACAGAAAAAGUGUUCAAGAAGUAGAGACAUAUGAUGCCGUUCUAGCCUCAAAUAAGAAGUUGUCUCAGAAAAUGGAUGUCAUAGUGAAGCGUUUGGAUGACUGUCAUGUGGGCAAUGAUGAUGCAAAAUUUGAUGAGGAGGUAAAAAUACUUACUAACCCCCCAAAUAAUCCAUAUUCCAAUACUUAUAAUGCAGGAUGGAGGAAUCACCCCAACUUCUCUUGGGGAGGGAAAAAUAAGUCAACUCAAUCAGGCGAUCCAAGACAAUAUUCCAACCAGCGGGGUCAUUAUCAGGAACAAAGGCAGCCACCUCAACAAGAUGAAGGAGCUGGAAACAAGAACUUGGAAGAUAUUAUGGGGGAAUUAGCUCAAAUUACCAAGAGUUUCAUCAAUGAAUCUCGCAAUAAUUUCAAGAACCAAGAGGCUUCAAUCAAAAAUUUGGAGAACCAGGUUGGUCAAAUCUCAAAACAACUCGUUAAAAGACCUCCAGGUAUGUUUCCUAGCAACACUGUGCCAAACCCCAAGGAAAAUAUUUCUGUUGUUACUCUAAGAAGUGGGAAAGUGAUGCAUGAAAUUGAAAAGAAAAAAGAUAGUGAAGAGAAUAAGAGUUCUGAAGCAUUGGAGCAAAUGUCCACUUAUGCUAAAUUCAUGAAAGACAUUUUGUCAAGGAGAAGAAAACUAAACAUUAAGGGCAUAAGCCCCACAAUUUGCAUGCAUAAAAUUUUAAUGGAAAAUGAAUAUAAGCCUAUGGUUCAACCUCAAAGGGGACUUAAUCCAACUAUGAAAGAAGUUGUGAGAAAGGAAGUAAUUAAAUUACUUGAUGCGGGUAUCAUCUACCCGAUUUCUGAUAGUGAAUGGGUUAGCCCUGUUCAAGUGGUUCCCAAGAAAGGGGGAAUCACUGUUGUUCCGAAUGAGAACAACGAAUUGAUCCCAACUAGACAAGUUACGGGAUGGAGAGUUUGUAUAGAUUACCGGCGGCUUAACUCUGCCACCCGGAAAGAUCACUUCCCUCUUCCCUUUAUUGAUCAAAUGCUUGAAAAGUUAGCUGGACAUAUAUAUUAUUGUUUUCUAGAUGCUUAUUCUGGAUAUAAUCAAAUUGUUGUUGCACCUGAAGAUCAAGAGAAAACUGCUUUUACUUGUCCCUACGGGGUGUUUGCUUAUAGGAGAAUGCCCUUUGAGCUUUGCAAUGCUCCUGCAACUUUUCAACGAUGUAUGUUUGCUAUUUUCUCUGGUCUUAUUGAACACUGUAUUGAAAUAUUUAUGGAUGAUUUUUCUGUGUUUGGUCCUACUUUUGAUGAAUGCUUGCAUAAUCUUACUCUUGUAUUGGAACGAUGCCAAGAAACAAACUUAGUUUUAAACUGGGAAAAAUGCCAUUUUAUGGUUAGAGAUGAGAUUGUUCUUGGUCACCGUGUCUCUGAAAAGGGGAUAGAAGUAGAUAGAGCAAAAGUUGAAGUGAUUGAUAAACUCCCUCCCCCUUCUAAUGUGAAAAAUGUUAGAAGUUUUUUAGGUCAUGCGGGUUUCUAUAGACGAUUCAUUAAAGAUUUUUCACAAAUUGCUAAACCCAUGACAAAUUUGCUUGAGAAAGAUGCUCCAUUCCUGUUUGAUGAACAUUGUGUUAGUGCUUUUAAUUUGAUUAAACAAAGACUUAUGACUGCUCCUGUGAUAGUUGCACCUGAUUGGUCUUUACCUUUUGAGAUAAUGUGUGAUGCUAGUGAUAUAGCUGUAGGAGCUGUGUUGUGUCAAAAGAGAGAAAAAACAUUGCAUGCGGUUUAUUAUGCUAGUAUGGUUUUAAAUGAAGCACAGAGAAAUUAUUCAACUACUGAGAAAGAAUUACUAGCUGUAGUUUUUGCCUGUGAGAAGUUUAGAUCAUAUGUGGUAGGAUCCAAGGUUAUUGUGCAUACUGACCAUUCUGCUUUGAAGCAUUUAUUUUCUAAACAGGAUUCCAAGCCCAGGUUGAUCAGAUGGAUCUUGCUUCUUCAAGAGUUUGAUCUGGAGAUCAAAGACAAGAAGGGGAAGGACAACGGAGUUGCUGACCAUCUAUCCAGAAUUGAAGGCGAAGAAUCUUCCGAAACUCCUAUUUCUGAGGAGUUCCCAGAUGAGAAACUCUUUUCCCUUUCUUCUACUUUGCCAUGGUAUUCAAAUUUUGCUAAUUAUAAGGUUGGUGGUGUGUUACCCCAAGAGAUGAAUUGGCAACAAAAGAAGAAAUUUUUGCAUGAUGUGAAAUUUUAUUUGUGGGAUGAACCUUUUUUAUAUAAACUUUGUUCAGAUGGUGUGAUUAGGAAGUGUGUGCCUGAAGAAGAAGUAGCUACCCCCUAUCAUCCUCAAACUAGUGGACAGGUAGAGAUAUCUAAUAGGGAGUUGAAGCGUAUUUUAGAAAAAGUGGUAGGUACGUCUAGGAAGGACUGGUCCAAGAAAUUAGAUGAUACUUUAUGGGCUUACCGUGCUGCAUUUAAAACUCCUAUUGGCAUGUCCCCUUACCAACUUGUUUAUGGAAAAUCUUGUCAUUUACCUGUAGAGUUAGAGCAUAAAGCUUAUUGGGCUACGAAAUUUCUAAACUUUGAUACUAAGGAUGCUAGUGAGAAAAGACUUUUACAAUUGAAUGAAUUAGAUGAGUUUAGAAUUCAGGCUUACCAAAGUGCUAGUAUUUACAAAGAGCGAACAAAGAAAUGGCAUGAUAGAAAAAUUGUCCAAAGAGAGUUUGUCCCAGGGCAGCAAGUUCUGCUCUAUAAUUCUAGGUUGAGAUUAUUCCCUGGGAAGCUCAGGUCCAAAUGGUCAGGACCUUUUACUAUUAAGAAAGUCUUUCCUCAUGGUGCUAUUGAGAUCGAGGAACCAAAGUCUAAGGAGUCUUUCACUGUUAAUGGACAAAGGUUGAAGCUAUACCAUGGUUGA